UGUCCGCCAUAAAGGCAGCGAAGAUGUGGGACCAAAUAGGGUGGGUUUGCUCUGAGGAAAUGCAAGCAAACAGUAACAAUUACAAACAAAAUUGUGAUGACAGAAGGAAACGCAAUAACUACACCAACACACUUAAAGAAUUGGCUCAGAUGUUACCCAUACCACUGCAGACCAGUUGUAAGAGGUUGACAAAGAAAGAAAUCCUGCUCCGAGUCCUUCGUUAUAUUGAACAUCUGCAGACAAGCAUCGAUAGAGCCAGGUCACUGCUCCAAGGUCGUGGCAGGGAGCAAAAAGCAGUUGGAUCUCAGCAGGUGGUGACACCUGCCCUGAAGAGAGAGCGCAGAGAAGUCACACCACGGGCAAAAAAUCCCAAACCCCGGGGCGUCUACAAGAAACCCAGAAAGAGGAGACGGACCCGCAAAUCAGACCGGCGUGGUGGUGUGAACAGGAAAGUGUGCAAGUACCUUGCUCUGGAGGCUGGAAAGGACUCUGUCCAUGCUGUCCCACACCUGGAGGAAGAGAGUCUGCCUGAUGUGGGAGAUGUGUCUUCUAUCCUUUCAUCCUUCCAGAAGCAGUCAACUUCCUUUCCCAAUUUUAAGGGUCCAUUACCAGAUCCUAACCAGCCUGCAAACACUAAUCUUCUGGAUAUUAGCAAAAUUGGACUCCCAUUUGAUCCUACAGGCUGGAAUUUUGAUGGCGACCAGGAAUGUAGGGAUGAGAAUACAUUUUCUAUGUAUUCAGCACAAAUGGCUUACAAUAAACUGCAUCAAUAUAGUGGGGGCCCUGGACACACAUUGGUGAGGCAGGAGCUGGUGCACUAUUAUUCCUCUUGUGAAGAAGAGGAUGAAGAAGAACCCCAAUCCAGUCCUUGGCUGUCCAUCCAGUCCCCUUUGAAGUUCUCCAGUAUGGGAAAUAUGCAGCUAUGUUCCCCUGGGAUUGGAACCCAAAGCCACGGCUGUUCUGAUUUGGGGCUGAGCCCUUCGCUUUUCUCUUCUCCUGCUCGGCUACUCCCCCCACAUAUUCUCCAAGGUGUUCAAGAGGAACUUUCUCCAGUAUUAUUCGAAGAUGUGUAUUUGUCUCCUCAGUCCAGCAGUUUUUCUCAUAAUCCUGCUGGAACACUUUUGAGAAAGUCAGCAUUCACGCUGGAUCACUGUUACCUUUCCUACAAUGAAGCAGAUAAAACCGAGUCCAGCCCCAUGUCAAGAGUGAAUGAAAUAAUAGCCUCGUGGAGUGAACAAAUCAAAGAGUUUCAGGAGGCCCCCCCAGUGAGACCCGAAGGCCCAGCAUCCCCCAGUGAGGAGGACAGCGACAGCACCUGGACCCCCUGCCAGAGGGCGAAGGCGCCGCAGGGACCCCAGCCGAAGAGGCAGAAGAAGCAGAAGCAGAAGAAGAAGAGGGCGGGCAGGAGAGCCCGGCGCCCACCGGCCAGCGGCGAGAAACGCACCCAUGGCUCGCCUCCCCUGCCGCUGAAGAAGAAGUGCGUGAACGGCUUCAUCAUGUUUUGUCGCCUGAACCGCAAGCACUUCAUCCGCACUUGCCCAGGGAUGGCUUCCACUGCAGCUACAAGGGAACUGGCCCAGCUGUGGCGUAUGAUGACAAAGCAGGAGCGGAAGCCAUAUUGCAUGAAAGCUCGCCGAUUCAGCCGCCUCAACAACCGAAUUGUGAGAGACGACUUCUCCAGUGGUGAUGAAGAACCAGAGCCGCCCAAACCCUUCCAUCUGCUGCUUGCUGAGAAAUCCAUUCCCAGCAUCCAGACAGUGGGCAACACCUCUUUGUUAGGCUGUAUUCCAUGAUUCUCCCCCCCCCCCCGGGAUGGUAAUGUAUAUCUGUUCAGUGGGGUCCAGAGUCCUCUCUCUGCUGAUGAAAUUGGAACUUCCCUACCCAUGGUUCUGCAAUAGAGUGUGUGCCUAUCCAUUUUUAGCAAAGCAUCAAGCAAUAGGAGCUUUACUGGUCUUGUUGACAGAGGGAAUGUAGGGCAAUAGAGAAGCAACAAGGAAGGAGAUCAUUUUAACCCGAUGUCUCCCCAAGACAUCAGCUUUCCCCAUCUAUUUUCCUUGUUUAGCCUUAAGUCGUAUUCUACCACCAAUGUUUCAUCUGACGUUAUGUGUUUGGGUUUCCUGAUCAGAAUGAAAACAUAGGUAGAUGGGCUUCCCCCCCCCCCCCAGAUUUCCAGAUGUUCCAGUUACUACUAUAUAGGCUGUUCUACCUGUGUCCAAAGUUGAUCUCUAGUGGUCUUGAACAAAGCAGGAUCAACUGCAGGAAGAAAACAGCAAGAGUAAAAGGAAUCUGUAGCUCUAGAUGACAGGAAAACAUGCCAAGUUUAAGAUUUUAUAUUAAGUUUUAUCCUUGAUCUAAAAGCACAAAACCAUUUGAAAGGAUCUAUUUUAAAAAAUAAUUCUAAUGAACUGGAGACAAAAAACUAAGAUUUAUAUAUAUUGUCUAAGCUUUUAUCUGAUCUUCCUCUCCUACAGCUUUGUGCCAUAGAUGUUCUUAAAGCUACCCCUUAGUUACCAGCAAUUUAGUUCCAUAUUUGGCAAGUACAAAUGGAAUUUUUGAGGUCCAUAUACACUUGCUUUUUUCACACCAAGUUUGAAGCUUUAUUAUAUAGUAUUAUUAUAUAGGUCUCUAGGUGUUUUAAACUUUUAACUGAGGCAAGUCCAUUUCAUAGCUUGCUCUGGAUGGCAUUGAGUUUCCACUGACCUUUUUAGGUGGGCCAGUACUUCAAAAUCCCAAGGAAGGAAUAAUUCUGUAGAUUUGCUUUUGUUCAAGGAGAGUUAGGAAGUUUUAAAGAGACUAAACUGGUUCUGAGCUAAGGAGGGUUAAUGCUUCAUAUUGAGAAGGGAGAAUUUUGUCUGCAGGAAGAGCUUAAAUCAAGCUCUUAUAUUUUUGGUUGGUCUGGAAUUUGUUUCAGCAGAAUGCUGAGUCAUCCCUUUAUUCUUUUUGAUUGUGUCCUCUAUGCACAGAUCAGUUUCUGUUUGAAAUGCUGUUUUAAACUUCAAUGGAUUUUUCCAUUGUUUUUACCUAUUUAUAUAUUUAUUGGUAGUUCCCCCCCCCAAACUCUAUUUAUAAUUAAAAUAAAAU